ACUUCACGCACUCAUUCAUUCUCUCUGAGAGAUGCCCUAUCCACAAGACCCACGUACAAGCCUUACCGACUCAUGCUAAGAUGAAGCUUCUACUGGCACUUUGUGCAGUUUGGAACAUCAUCCAACUAUCAGAGGGCUGUUCUUCUGGAAAAAUGACAGAUCGACUCGCCUGUGUAUCUGAUUAUUGGUUUACAAUUACCUGUACUUUGAACAUCACUGACGAGCCUGCAGAUGUCAACAACACCCACUACUGGUUGAAUUUCAUCUGGCCUGAUGAAGCUGGGAACACAUUCAAAUGUCCACUGGUGGAGAUGGGGGACAGUUAUGGUUGCACAUUUGUGGCUGAUUUUGAUGAGAAUGUAAGGUAUAACGACGCUUCAUUUAAUAGCGUGGACUGUUUCAAUGUGCGUCUUUGUUAUAACAUUGACUGCCAAUCAAACUAUGAUAACUUGACAGACUUCGAACCAUCCAAAAAUAUUCAACCAACAGCUCCAAGUCAUCUCGCUGUCCAGCGGACUUUAGAGGGUUACAAAUGCACUUGGCAAAGUGGAUAUGAACACCAUCCUUAUUUAACAGAGUUCCAUUACCAACUCUGCUUCUACAAAUACCCUGGCGAUAAGGGCGAGGUGUUUUGUGUGUCCCCUCAAAACAAAUCUAUUUUAAUUGAUAGAUCUGGACUUAAGCCAGAUACCACAUAUGUUCUGAAAGUCAGAUCUGAGCUAUAUAAGUCCUCUGGAUAUAAAGGACAUUGGAGUCCGUGGAGUGCAUUGGUGCAAUUGAGGACUUAUGCAAAGGAAGCAGAACCAACUAUAGUCCUUGUCCUCAGCAAGUUUGUAUUUCCAGGUUGUGUGAUUGCUGGAGUUCUGUUGUUUGGAUUUUACAACCCCACUAUAAGAAUGAAGAUAAAAUCUUUCUAUGAUGUUCCAAGCCCAGCCCCUUUAUUCCAACCUCUCAACAAAGAUUAUAACAAACAUGUCCAGGACUGGCUUGAGUCAGAGUGCAAUCUGAUACCAACAUACAAACCAGAAGAGUUCCUGACCAUCGAUACUUUGAUUAUUGAGGCCAAACCUAUAGCAGAGGACCAGGACUGCUCAGCUUCAACACCAUAUCCCCUAGCACAAGUUCACACUCCCCAUGUUGGUCCCUUAGUGAUGGACUGGGUCUGCAGUCACAGUCCAAAUGGAAAUGGUCCAGGGGAAAACCCUUACACCCAGCUGCCCUGCUCUCCCCUAGAGCUCCAGUUUGGAGCGAUGGUCACCUCUUUCUCUCAGGACCCUUCGGUCACCUGCGAGGGGGACUCUGGAUGCGAGGACUUAACACUCAGCCCAGACAGCAGCUUGCCUAAUAGUCCUGUAUCUAGUGAGCCAGAAUGCACGUUGUACUGAUUACUGUAUCCUACACGAAACCUCUAAAGGUUUUAUCCCCACUGUUGUGCCCAAAGAGGUCUCUACUCAUCCCUUGAAGAGUUAUUGCAUAGAGGGACCAGGUAAGGAGGAAACCUGUGCCACUGAGUGAAGUGGUUUCUUAUUUGUAAUUCUGAUGUAGAAUUGUGUAUACUAUACUGUAAUGAAGUGUGUUUUGUCUGUUUGAAAUAAUGUACAUUUUUUAAUUACUAUAUCAAUUGUUUGAUAGCUUAAAUAGCUAUUUUGGACCAGUUCAUUUCAUAAUUUGUCUGCACUGAUGGCACUAGAGCCAUUGAUCCUUCAGUAUGUGAGAUAACCACCAGAGGACGCUGCGACUCAACACUUGCUACUAUCUAUAGGAUAAAUUGGCGAGGUGCAGUUUCUUGGAUGAACAAUUUCAUCUAUAUGUAAUAUUUCGAAAGUAGUUUAAUAAUCCUGUAAUUAUUA